GGCCACGAACUAGUAUGAGGGGCACCAAGAAAUAUUCUCAUGUUAUUGACACACCAGACCCCGGCAAAUGGGAGUUGGCCGGUUACGAGGCAGCCCUGCCGAUCACAGAGAAGUCAAACCCCAUCACACGAGAAAUCGACAAAGCUGACCCUGCACAGAUUGUCCAGCUCCUUAAGGACUGUGAUGCUGAGAUCUUCCAGGAAGAGGAUGAGGCCUUGGUCAACUAUAAGAGGCUGUACAGUGACUCAGUACUGAAGACCAUGAUGGACAUCAUUGCAAAAGUGCAAGAGAUGCUGAAGGAACCAGACAACACCCUCAUUGUCCUGAGUGGUGGUGGCGCUUCUGGCCGGCUGGCAUUCUUCAUGGCUGUGUCCUUUAACAAGCUUCUGAAGGGCCUGGGGCAGCCACCACAAUAUACAUACAUCAUUGCUGGGGGAGACAGGGCUCUUGUAGCAUCACAUGAGGGGACGGAGGACAGUGCGCUCCUGGGCAUAGAAGAUCUGAACAAGGUCUGCGAAGGGAAGAAAAAAGUCAUUUUCUUUGGGAUUUCCUGCGGUUUGUCUGCCCCCUAUGUGGCUGGACAACUGGACUUCUGCAUGAACAACCUGGACAUUUUUGUUCCAGUGCUGGUGGGAUUCAAUCCAGUCUCAAUGGCCAGGAAUGAGAAGAUAGAAGACUUUCACUCCACCUUCCGGCAGGUGGCCGAGCGGAUGGAGAAGCUUCAGGAAUCGCACAAGGCCUUCAUCCUCAACCCAGCUGUUGGGCCUGAAGGUAUCACUGGCUCCUCGCGGAUGAAGGGCGGCAGCGCCACAAAAAUUAUUCUGGAGACUCUGCUUCUGACAGCUCACAAGACGGUUUCCAAGGACAGCGAGGUCUCAGAGAAGUGCCUUCUGGAGAUUCUACGCACCUAUGAACGGGCCCACAAAGUCACCUAUAGCCAGAGCAAGAAGAUCGCAGCUCUGGUGAAGCAAGCAGGCACCAGUCUGCAGAAGAAGGCCUAUGUGUAUAUGGUAGGAUGGCACACACUGGGUAUCAUUGCCAUCAUGGAUGGAGCAGAAUGCAUCCCCACCUUUGGGGCAGACAUCAAUGAUGUACGGGGCUUCCUUAUCGGGGAUUACAGUGAAAUGUUUAACAAGGAGGCUGACCUCAUAGCACAGGGACCAAAAUUUGCUUUCUCUGAAGAAGAUUUUGUGAAAACAAUCCUCCCAACAUUGACGGAGCUCGACACUGUCCUCUUCCUUUUCACGGUAGAUGGCUUGGUACAAGGGGGCUCCCACCCUCCCUGUUUCUCACCUGCAGAUGAUCUUGUUGAGGUGGAGAAGCUGGCAGUUCAGGUGAAGGAGAGGACGUCAAACAUGCACGCGGUUUGCCAUGCCACAGUUGGGCAAUACCUGCCGGCCUCUCUUAAGAAGCUCUUCCCCUCCAUCAUCAGCAUCAUGUGGCCUAUCUUGUUCCUAGAAUACGAAGGGAAUUUCAUCCAGAGAUUCCAAAGGGAACUGAGCACCAAGUGGAUUCUGAACACGGUUAGCACCGGGGCCCAUGUGCUGAAAGGCAAGGUCUUCCGCAAUUACAUGGUGGAUCAGAAAGUCAGCAACUCCAAACUCUUUGGAAGAGCUGUCAGCAUCCUGCAGAGUCUCACAGGACACUCACAGGCCAAGUGCUUGGAAGUGCUGCUGCAGGUGAUUUAUGAUCCUGAGCCUCUCUCUGAAGCGAUCCGUGGUGCUGAAGUCUCCAAGCACAUUGCUGUGGCAACGGAGAAGACCAGGGUUGUCCCCACCGCUCUGCUCUGCCUUCUGCGCAACUGCUCGGCCCAGGAGGCCCACCUCCGCCUUGAUGCUGCGACCACCAUACGUGGUGCCCUUGAUGCUGCACUAAACGCACCAGGACGCAAACGAGGGGCUAGCAAAGCAGAUCCUGACGAGAACAGCACAUAGGAGUGACUGUCAGCCUCUGUGGGUCCUAAUGAGAAGUGGGGGGGGGGCAGCUGACCCUGAUACUGCUCCAAAGUGCUGCACUGGGUGGGCAAACUGUCUUCCAGCCAGAAAUGAUCAGGAGAGGCUGCUUCUGGCCUUUCUUUCCUUUUCCCCACCUAGUGCUGCCUCUCUUCUCCCAGCCAGAGGAAGAGGCAAGAGCGUGUCUUGCAGGGAGAACGGCAUCUUGGGUAGGGGCCUAUUCUGUGGAGAGGGGAGUCUUGAAGCAGUUAAGGGGUUAAGGGAUGCCUGAUGGUUUGAACCAUCCCAGAAUCCUCUCUCUGCUAGGAAAUUAGGCUGUUCCUGAAAUUCCCUUCCCUCUUUGGUAUAGCAGAGAUCGAUCCAUGCAACUGAUGGAUUGCUGCUGUUCAUUGCUCUGCCAGGGUGGAAGUAGCUGGGAUUCAGAAAAUCCUUUGCAGUCUCCCUCCUUAGAGGCAGAUUUUUCCUUCGGUUCUUCCUGUUUUUUAGGAAUGGGUGGGGAGGAGGGGUUUAUGUCCUGCAAUCUUCUCACUUUUUGUAAUAAAACAUGUGUCCAUA